UAUAUAAGAUUUAUGCUCUAUAUAGGAUUUAUGCUCUAUAUAGGAUUUAUGCUCUAUAUAGGAUUUAUGCUCUAUAUAGGAUUUAUGCUCUAUAUAGGAUUUAUGCUCUAUAUAGGAUUUAUGCUCUAUAUAGGAUUUAUGCUCUAUAUAGGAUUUAUGCUCUAUAUAGGAUUUAUGCUCUAUAUAGGAUUUAUGCUCUAUAUAGGAUUUAUGCUCUAUAUAGGAUUUAUGCUCUAUAUAGGAUUUAUGCUC